AUGCCUUCGCUGUCCGAUUCGCCUCCUCCCGUUCCGCCCCCGGUGCCCGUCGAUACCCACCCGAACCGCAGCGUCGGCCUGAAAGAGCAACGAGCCCUCCCGGAUCCCACCAGGCUUGCCCCUGAAGAUGCAUACUACACCUCUUCGCUGCCGCGCGCGCGGCCUACCUCGGCCCACUUCGACGACUCGAUGCGCGUGUUGAACCCCAACGCUGUGGCGGCGUUGCGAUCGCCGCCGGCCGUGCCAGGAGCCGGGGGUGGUCGAAAGGAGGUACAAAAGCUGCGAGGGUCCAGCCGACGGAGGAGACGAAAGGGCGCGUGGAAAAAGCUACUCUGGGUGAAACAGUCCUAUCCCGACAACUACACGGAUACAGAGACCUUCCUGGACCACCUUCAGCGCAAUCCUCGCGUACGACCCUACGAUUUCUGGCCGCUCGUGGCCGACUCCACGGUUAUCGUACAACAUGUAUGCUCGGUAGCGAUCUUCGUGUGCUGUUUCGUUGGCAUUGUGCAGGGCCGCGUGAGCCCUGUCUCAGUGGUGUGCUGGGGCAGCGUCGGGACCGCCUUGGGUUGGAUCUUUUGGGACUCUUGGAUUCUGCGGGAACAUGUGGAGAGUGCCCAGCGGCUUUCUACCGUCAAGUCGGCUUUCCUGAUCUACUUUUCCUUGCUCGCGCUGAGUCCAAUCCUAAAGUCGCUUACCAAAUCGACCGCCAGCGAUUCGAUCUGGGCCAUGAGCUGCUGGCUGCUGAUCAUGAACAUCUUCUCCUUCGACUACGGAAGCGGGGAGGGCGCAGGCGCCACCAAAUUCCCGGCUUCUUUGUCUACCAAUGCCGCAGUGAUGGCUUCCACCGUGUUGGCGUCGCGACUGCCAUCCACCACCCACGUGUUUAGCCUGAUGCUCUUCUCAAUGGAGGUCUUCGGAUUGUUUCCCAUUUUCCGACGGCAGCUGCGCCAUGUGUCCUGGACGGGCCAUAUCCUGCUGACGCUGGCGUUGGUGCUCGUCGCUGGUGGUGCCGUAGGCAUCACCCUGCGUGGCGGAUGGGCGGCGUUUGUGGUCGGAUCCAUUCUAGGGAGCAUCCUGACGGCGCUGACCAUGGGAGGAUGUAGCUGGUGGCUGAUCAGUCUCCAGAAGUAUAAGAAUGUGGUGACUGGGCCGUGGGAUCCAGCCCGACCGAUUAUCCGGCGACACUGGGAUUGA